AGUGCUGGGACCCGGAACCCCACCAGAGGCCGGAUUUCGACAGCAUCCUGAGUCGCCUGGAGGCCAUCGAGCGCUCAGCCCUGUUCCAGAUGCCGCUCGAGUCCUUCCACUCCCUCCAGGAGGACUGGAAACAGGAGAUUCAACACAUGUUUGACGACCUUCGGACCAAAGAGAAGGAGCUCCGGAGCCGGGAGGAAGAGCUCCUGAGAGCGGCCCAGGAGCAGAAGUGGCAGGAGGAGCAGCUUCGGAGGCGGGAGCAGGAGCUGGCCGAGCGGGAGAUGGACAUCGUGGGCCGAGAGCUGCACCUGCUCAUGGACCAGCUGAGCCAGGAGAGGCCUCGCGUCAAGAAGCGGCGGGGCCACUUCAGGCGGAGCCGCCUCAAACUGAGGGACAGCAACAACAUCAGCCUGCCCUCAGGUAGCGGAUACCCCGGAGACCAGAGCCUGGCCGAGCCUGGAGGGGCCAGAACUGGGA